AUAAUUUCAACAUGGCGCCCGGUGGUUCGCAGUGUGUGUGUGUGUGAAAGUGCAGUGAAAUUAUGUUAUUAUCUAAUGUUUUUAGUGAUAAUUUUAGUGUUUAGGUGAAAAUAGUGUGCAUUAAUGCAGCGGUUUUUCUAUCAUGGCAUUGGAUUUACGCCUGCAUUCUCCGGCAGGCGCGGAACCUAUUGUUUAUACAUGGCCCCUCACUUCAGGUCAUGGUUCGGAAAAACACGAUGGGGCCUUGGAGAUAGUAGAAACAAUAAAAUGGGUGUGCGACGAUCUGCCGGAGAUGAAGGCGGCGCUGGAGAACAACAUCCUGUGCGACUUCGACACCCACUCGUACGAGAGCAUGAGAGCUCUCUGCGACCGAUUCAACCGCGCCAUAGAUUCCGUUGUCGCUUUGGAAAAGGGAACUUCACUGCCAGCUCAACGUUUAAACAAGUACCCAUCAAGAGGCUUAUUGAGACAUAUUUUACAGCAGACAUACAAUCAAGCAGUCUCAGACCCAGAUAAAUUAAAUCAAUAUGAGCCAUUUUCACCUGAGGUAUAUGGUGAAACUUCAUACGAGUUAGUAUGCCAAAUGAUAGAUCAGAUCGAAAUCACUGCCGAAGAUGUGUUCGUGGACCUUGGCUCGGGUGUGGGGCAAGUGGUCCUGCAGAUGGCGGCGGCGACACCCUGCCGCAUCUGUUUUGGCGUGGAGAAAGCAGAAGUUCCUAGCAAAUAUGCUGAAAGCAUGGAUUUAAAUUUUAGAACUUUAAUGCGGUGGUACGGUAAAAAGUUCGGUGAAUACAAAUUAAUAAAAGGCGACUUUUUGAUGGAUGAACACAGAGAAAAAAUAAAUGCAGCUACGAUCGUCUUCGUAAACAACUUUGCGUUUGGCCCAAAUGUUGAUCAUCAGUUGAAAGAAAGAUUUGCUGAUUUGAAAGACGGAGCAAAAAUUGUAUCAUCGAAAAGCUUUUGUCCAUUAAACUUCAGAAUAACAGAUAGAAACUUGAGCGAUAUCGGCACUAUCAUGCACGUCAGUGAGAUGUCGCCUCUGAAGGGAUCAGUGUCAUGGACGGGGAAGCCAGUCUCUUACUAUUUACAUAUUAUAGAUAGGACUAAAUUGGAGAGAUACUUUCAAAGACUGAAAAAUCCGAAACUCAAGGUCAGCAAAAGGGGUGUUCAAGACGAGGGCGAGACGAGCGGCAAGAGGAACCUGAGCGCGCCGCCCACGCGCCAGCCCACGCCGGACCUGCUCAACGGGAACAGCAACCACAGCACCGGCUCGCUGCCGGAACGCCGCCGCAAAGUCGCCAGGCAGCGGCCCGUCAGGGGAGAGAACGGUCGGACGCGAGCGCGCGCGGCCGUGGCCAAAAGACGCGUGGCGCGGCGGUCGACGGACGAAAGCGACGAGGAGUCCAGCGGCACCGACGACGCGCCCCCGGGGCCCGAGCCCGCGCCGCGCGAGUGGGGCGCGCCAUGGGCUUCCUCUUCAGAUUCAAAUCGGAGUCGGCGGUCGGCGAGCAAACGCAGCGCGAGCGCUGGGGGCGCGCGGCGUAGGGCCGCCGCCCGCGCCAAGCGCCGGCGCGCCGCGCCUGCCGCCAUCGCCGGCCUCGACUUGCUACACUCCACCACGCUCGCUUCCACUGCCCAUAAUGGCACCGUGACGGCGCCGCCGCCAGGUUGCGUAGAACAGCGGCUAUCAGCUUUGGGCGUGGCUUUACAACCGGCGGAGCGCUUGCACUCAGAGCUGGACAUCCCGCGCUCGCCGACCGCGCCCUACAGCCUGCAGUUACUAUUGGAUAUGUUCCGCGACCAGUACCUCGCGCUCGUCCGCCGCAUGGCCACGCCCGAGUAUGCCGAUGAGAUCCGCCACCAGAUCGACAAGGAGAAGGAAAGAAAUCAGAAAUUGAAGUCACGUGCGUCACAAUUAGAUAAACAGAUUAAUGUGCUUAUAAGUGACAGUGUCGCACUACUAAAAGCACGUAUGAGUGAAUUGGGUAUACACGCCAAUAAUACGGUGGAUUUACUCGCCAAAGCUAAGGAAAUCGUGGGCAGGCACAAAGAACUGCAAAGUAAAGCUAGCAAACUGCAAGCUCAGGUAAACAGUAUAGAAGCUGAACAAGCUAUUCUUGUUAAGCAGAGAACGUUUGAAAUAACAGAAAAAUAUAGACAGUUAGGUCACAUACCGCCCGAUGUAGAGAUCACUCAGAGCAUGGCCCAUGAUUGUAUAUUGAAGGAGAUAUCGGCUACUUUGGCUCAUAGAAAACGGUUACAUGCGCAGGUUGGACACCUGCAGAAUGAAAUAAUGCAAAUGGAGAGGGCUAGCGAGCAGCAGAAGGUGGUUCCGACCGCCGUGCCGGUGGCCACGGUCAAGCCGCACACGGUCAACUCCAAGCCCAGGAAGCUCCGCGAGCAGCGCUCGCGCUCGCAGGAGUGGCCCGACGUGCCCGCCGUCGUCAAGAUCGAGGAGCAGAACCCCGAGCUGCUCGCGCAGAAGAUCCUCGAGACCGGCCGCCAGCUCGAGGCCGGCAAGGGCGCCAAGCCCAACGUCGUCGUCAACGGCUACGCGCGCGAGCUCGACCGGCAUAUAGACCUUCACAGGCAACAGAAAGGGAGCAUGCAGCCGAAGGUGUCGCCGCUGCAGCGCGCGCCGGUGGCGGGCGUGGCGCGCGGGCCGCAGCCGCCGCCGCUGGCGCCGCGCCACUCGCCCGCCAAGCCGCAGAAGCCGCUCAACGUCGUCGCCAAGGUGCAGGAGUCGCCCAAGGUCAUCAACUUCGAGGACCGCCUCAAGAGCAUCAUCACCUCCGUGCUCAACGAGGACCAGGAGCAGCGCAAGGCGGCGCGACAACCGACGCCGAACCACGCGUACGCCAACGGGUACGUGCGGCCGACGAGCGGCGGCGGGGCGCUCGCGGGACACGGGGCGGGCGCGUUCGGGGCGCGAGCGGGGCCGGCCGCCGCGGCGCCCGCGCAGCCGGGCCCGGGCUUCGCGCGCGCGGCGCGGGACUUCCGGCGCGAGCGCUACCCGUUCGAGCGCGCGCGCCUGCCCGCGCACCUGGACGCGCGCCCGCCCGACCUCCGACACAUAUCGCAACCCGACUACACGCAGGUCUCCCCGGCUAAACUGGCGCUGCGUCGGCAUCUAUCGCAGGAGCGGCUGGCGGCGCCCGGCGCGCGCACCAUCGGCGACCUCGUCAACGGCGAGAUCGAGCGCACGCUCGAGAUCUCCAACCAGAGCAUCAUCAACGCGACCGUCAACCUCAGCGCGCGCUACCACGAGCCGGCCUCCGCGCACCAGCCGCUGGAAGGCUUAGCUGCAUGUUUACAAGCGCGCGUGCUGGCAUCGGAAUACUGGCGCGGGCGCAACGGAGCGACGGCGGGCCCGGGCAGCGGGAGCGGCAGCGGCAGCGGGGGCGGCGCCGGCGCGGGCGACGACGAGGCCGCGCGGCGCCGCUCGCCGCCGCUCGACCCGCACUCCAACACGUCCACGCCGCUCGUCGACGAGCUGCCCGACAGCGCGCGACCUGCAGAUGGCGAAGGAACCGAAGAGGUCGACGAAAGCAAAUGGCAGGACCGGAUAGCGUUUCGCUUCGACCAGAUAAUUUCGUUCGCUUCCACCGCGAUGGAGGAUAAACGGCGGCGGUCGGACGAGGCGUGCAAUACGUCUCCGGAUUCGGGGAUCGGACACGGCGAAGCGGCUCGCGGGGUGGCGCGGGCGGCGGAGGCGGCGGGCGGGGCGGGCGCGGCGGCGGCGGCGGGCGCGCCGGGCGGCUCGGACGCGCGCUCGCCGUCGCCGCUGCCGGCGCACCACUUCAAGAAGCGCUUCUUCCGCCGCGAGCAGUGGGGCGCGUGGAGCGGCGCGCCCCCGCCGGCGGCGGUGGACUGGGAGCGGCCGGCGAUGUGACGCCCGAGCAUCUAGCGCUGCGACGUCUGCCGCUUCGCGCACUGACGACGCAGCCGCGCGGUCGCGACCCGCUCUGUGGGCCGCGGUCCGCGCCGUGACCCCCGGUGCCAAAGUGGCUCCCGCGCGGCCGAACGCCCGUGCGCCGAAACGCGACAUAGGUUUGUGGACCGAGCGACGUCUGGCCGCCCCGGCGUUCCGAGGAACCCGUUUCUAUGCAGACCUCGGGCUCCUCGGUUGCGCCCGUGCCGCCGGAGCCACGCGCGCCUUAGCGUAAUUAUCGGAACACUGCCGACGCGAGAGAAUGUUUGAUGUAAAUAAGAGUCCCGAUCGCCCGCCGCCGGCCGCCUGACGGCCGUGAGUGCGCUCGACCCCUUCUCGGAUGUUGACUGUGUCGUUUUUUGUUAUAUUUUCGAAUAUAUAAUGUAAUUAUGUAUAUUAUUGAGUUUAUUUUACGUUUAAGAUUUGUAAUUAUUUAACACUAGGUUUAUGUCGCCGCUCCGUCUGGGCGCAGUGAAGAACUGUAGCGCCGCGACGGUUUGUAUUUCAUGUGUUCAUUUAGGUCUUAGAGUUUGAAAUACAUGAUUCGGUGACGAUACAGCGGAUCGUUCUUACGCCGGUCGUUUGAUGAAUGUUUGUUGUUUUAUGUGUUUCGUUCUCGAUGUUGCGGAAAGCUCACUCUCUGAAUAAUGUUCAUCAUUUCUUUGGGAAAACCUUACAUUUUAUAGCUUUUACUGCUAACGAAUGAAUAGAUUACGUAUAUAUUGUUACACAAUACAUUGUAUUAUACCAAACUAUGACAUUUUUAUAUUAAUAGGUCUGAAAAGGCUAGUGCUACCUUAUACAUUUUACUGUGUAAAAGAAUAAUAUGCAUGUUGGAUCCGUUUCCAAGACUUUCUACUAUUUCUGGAACUAAAAAGACUGCAAAUCUUAAGAACCCAUCAACAAUCAAGAAAAAAUAAAGUAUACAUUAUGUAUUAUUAUGUACAUCAUAUUAUGUACUUCCAAAUGCUGAUAACUCAUAAAAGAUUGAGUUAUAAAUGGUGAAAGUCUGUGAAUCGAUCCUGUCGAUUUUUAAUGAAGUAAUUAUACGAUACAUUUAAAAUAGUUUUAUUAAAAAGUCUGUAAUAAACACUAGAAAACAAUUAUUGGCCACUCUUUAAUCAAUUAUUAAGAAAAUAAUUGUUAUUAUGCCUACCUUAUUCAUAUGAAUAGAGUUUAAAUAGGGCGGCACUUAUUCCGCUACCACCAGGUAAAGGAAAAGAUAACUGCUUCAUUAAAAAUCAAGUGGUACAUACGUUGUACACAUACUUGUAUGUAUGUACCACGUAUCCCAGAAUAAGAAAGGGUCCAAAGUUCAGUGGCUCAAAAACUUGGUUAAAAUUCCUUUCAUGAAAAAGUUACCUGAGAUUUUUGCGGAAUUAAUUUUGCAUGCAGAUUUUAUCUAUUUAUAAUAGUACUACGGUACUUCUU